GGCAUCUCAAAUUUAAUAACUAUGCAGUUGUCUCAGAAAAUAUAUUAACAUCUCUAAGAACAACAAUGUGAUUUACCGUAUAGUCAGAAAUAUUUAUGCUAGGGUACGCGUCCUUCAAGAUGUCAGAAGACAAUCAGAGCAAAAUAGAGGCAAGCAGGAUUUCUUAUUGAAGGAGAAAAAAGCACUGUAUCCAGCAGUUUACAAUGGCAGAAGUGAAGUCGAUGAUCCGGGAAGUUCUUCCAAAACAAGGGCAGUUGUCUGUAGAAGAUGUAACCACGAUGGUGCUGUGUAAACCCAAGCUUUUGCCCUUAAAAUCCUUCACUCUGGAAAAACUGGAGAAAAUGCAGCAAGUAGCACAAAAUACAAUUCGCCAACAAGAAAUGGCAGAAAAAGAAGAACGGCAAAUGACCCACUGAUCAAGAGCAUUCUAGGGAAUACCCUGCCUUACCUACUAUUUAAUAAACUAAAAACUGUUUUGUAGGCUGAAAGUAGUACCUAAUAAAACUGGAUAUUCAUAUGAUUUAACAACAUUGAGAUUGACAAAACUUGGGAAGCUAAACAUUGGUUUACAUUAAAACCAUAACUCUGAACCAAGUUUGAUGGAAUCUUGAAAAUGUUUUCAUAAAUUGUUGUUCACUGUUCCUAUUGUUAUGGAUGUAAGAAAUUAAAUUCAUCCUUUAUGGACAAAGGAUCUCUUCAUGUUUAUUAGAAACCUAAAUUUGGAAAUACACACUAAUUUUGCUUAAAGUAUGCUGAACUUGUACAUACCCAAAACAAAUUUUUAAACCAGUUGUGUACCAUGUCAUGUCUAAUGCUAUGCAGCCUGACCAGUAGAGACACCAGUAGGAACAAAACUGGUUUCUUAAAUUUGUCCUUUUUUGUUAUUGUUGUCUUUUUGAAGCAGGGUCUC